GCGCGCUCUUUCUUUCCAACUUGGGACCUGUAGGAUGGCUCCCGCAAAGAAGGGUGGCGAGAAGAAGAAGGGCCGGUCCGCCAUCAACGAGGUGGUGACUCGAGAAUACACUAUCAAUAUUCACAAGCGCAUCCAUGGAGUGGGCUUCAAGAAGCGUGCCCCUCGGGCACUCAAAGAGAUCCGGAAAUUUGCCAUGAAAGAGAUGGGAACUCCAGAUGUGCGCAUUGAUACCAGGCUUAACAAAGCUGUCUGGGCCAAAGGCAUAAGGAAUGUCCCAUACCAUAUCCGUGUGCGGUUAUCCAGAAAACACAAUGAAGAUGAAGAUUCACCAAACAAGCUCUAUACUUUGGUUACCUAUGUACCUGUUACUACUUUCAAAAAUCUACAGACAGUCAACGUGGAUGAGAACUAACUGGUGAUCGUCAGACAUACCAAAUAAAAUUAUAAAAUGACAAAAAAAAAAA